AUGCCGGCGAGGCUUGGUGGUAGACCGCAUCAGGAAGAAUGGUCGGACACUUCUGAUGUCGACUCGGCGCGACACUCCAGUCCACGCGUCGCCACAUCUUCCAGCCCAGCUGCGGCGCGAAGUUCGAGUGUUGGUGAAGCCCAGGAGGAUGUUCGACCAAAUUACAUUGACUCGGUCGCCAGACGAUUGCAGAACAAUCUCUCUCGCGCACACGCCAGCGUCAAUCAAGUACAGCCUGAUGGUCAAGCGACGACUUCUGCUCCUAGCAGUCGCUGGACAACGAGCGCAUCAGCUCUCAAUGACCACGGCGAUGUUGAUGUCGAGCCCACGCAACAAGACGAUGUAAUCAUGUCUGAUGACGAAAAUGCAUCGGGUCCGCUCAAUCUUCCAACACGACCACCCCCUCGAUUUCAGUACCCGAGUGCUCGGCCUCAAGUGCUGCCGCAAGUCGCAGUCGCUUCCUCCGAUUCAGACGCGCAAGCCGACCACCAAACCCGUCUCGACGCGUACACGACAUUUGGCGCGCCCGCCGCCUUCAUUCAGCAACACCUUCCGGCAGAAGACUCCAACCACUUCAACGUCCGCGCGUCGCUGCACACUGUCUUCGCCAUCAAGACAAUCUCGACCAGCCAAUGUGACGAAUGCAAAUCCAAAGGCAGAGGCGAUGAGAUUUAUCAGUGUAUUACGUGCGUCAAGCAAAUUUGCCAGUCCUGCAUGGAGGACUCCCUCGAGAAAGAGCGCAAGGGCAUAGCAGAGGCAAAGAAGCGUGCUGGCCUUGGCCAAGCCGAGAUCGACGAGGACGAGUACGUGUGGAGAUGGCAGGGUGACCAUCGCCAUAAAGGCCUCAAAGAGUGCUAUAUCGCUCGAAAGAAUGCUCGCGCUACUGGUGAAUACCAAGUUGACGUCAAGAUCUCUAUGCUUAGUCCUGCUGAGCCUGGAGAUGAUACCGUGACUGUUCGAAUGAUCAUUGAUGAUGACGACGAUGGGGAAGUCCCUGAGGUGGACGAAGAUGAGACUGAGGAGGAGUAUGAUGAGGAAGAAGAGGUGGAGGAAGAGACACCGACCAAGAAGAGAGCUCGAUCAGAGACUGGCACUGACACCAACAGCAGCAGUCCCACUGGAAGCGAGCGAAGCGAGCGAGUGCAACCAGUACGAAAGAAGCCGCGUAAGGACAUUCCUCGAUCUGUGCCCCUCGACUUCGCUACUCAAGCAGAGACGCUCAGUCGAUCGGUGCGCGGCAACAAUGAGACCUCUAAAAAGUUGCAGAGAAUCCAGGAGGCAGCCGCCAAGAGUCCUCAAGGUCUACCACGGCCUCGAGUUGCGUCGAGUGUCGCAAGAUCUCGUCCUCCUUCGCUGGACCUCCGCGCUGCUCAGCCAUCGCCAGAUCUUCCGCAGGUCGCACGUCCAGCCUGGCAGCAGCCUCCGCCUGGUUAUCAAUAUCCACCUCCACGCUAUCCUCUGCCAGGCUACCAGUAUCCGCCCCCUCGUUAUCCCCUUCCUGUGCAGGAUAUGUAUCAGCCGCCACCUGGGUCGAUGAUGUGGUCUAUGCCGCAGCCCGCAUAUCACAAUGCUCAGCAACUGCACAACCCGUAUGGACAAUUUUAUGGCCAGUAUCAGCCUCAGUGGCCCCAACAGCGUCAGCAAGGCCCAGUGUCGCCACGACCCAUACCUCCACCGACGCCACCCUGA